AUGGUUUCUCAUUUAAACUUUCAACAUUUUUCCAUCUUUGUUGAUACUGGAAAUUUAAAUUUAAUCAUCAUUUCACAUUUGAUUGAAAUCCAACUCACAAAUCGACCCCAAUUCGAUGAUCAAGCUUCAUUGAUUCAUUUACCAAUCUCGUUAAACUUGAUACUUGAUAAUAUUCAAGUUAAAUUCAAUCAAUUCUGUUCUAUCCCAUCAUCAAUAUCAAACAGAACUGAUAAAUCAUCAACUACAGUUUCCGAUCAAUCUCAUCAUCAAACAUUGCCUAUUCGGAUCUUGGAUGUCGCAAUUCAACAUCCUGAUCUUGAGGUCAUCAAUUGGUUUGAUCCAAAUCCAUCAUCCUCUUUACCAUCCUUAUCGAUUUCAUUUUAUCAAUUGACCAAACAAGCUUUUAAAGUAUCCAAAUUGAUCAAACAACAGUUGAAUUUAAUUCAAAACCAACCACCACAACACGUUAUAGGGAUCUUAAUACCAAAACAUCCUAUUAUACCAAUCACUUUAUUAGCUAUCUUGAUGACCAAUUCAAUUUAUUUUAAUCUAGAUCCAAAUCAACCUAAUCAAAGAUUAAAAUCAAUCUUAAAUCAAUCUAAAAUUUCAUUAUUAUUACAUUUCGAUUUACAAGAACAUCAUUCUCAUCAUGAUAAUCUGAUUCAUCAAUCUGAUUAUCAUACUUUGGAUUUAACUGAUUAUUUUCAUCAUUCUGUCUUACCUGAAAUAAGUGGAACAGCAUCGAUUUUCAAUCAUAGAAGCCUAAUCAACAAUGAUACCUAUUUAAUACAAGAUGAUGAUCAUCAUGAACUAGAUCAAUUCUUCCAAAUCCAAGAUCAACUUUCAUUCAUAAAAUCUAAUUUAUACAAUCUUUCAUUAAAUUCAAUUGCUUAUUAUAUUUCAACUUCAGGUACAACUGGAAUACCUAAGUUGAUUCAAAUCUCACAUUUCAACUUAUCACAAUUCUUUGAAAAUUAUCAAAACAGAUUUGGCAGAAAAUUAAUUCCUCAAUCUAAAGUUUUACAAUUCGCUUCUAAUUCAUUUGAUGUACAUGUGAUGAGUAUUUGGGAUACACUUUUGCAUGGUGCAACAGUUUGUAUGACUACAACUGAUUCACUUCAAACUGAUCUGAUUCAAGCUAUCAUCUCCCAAUCAUGUGAUAUCAUAGAUUUGACACCAUCAGUGAUUUGGUCUAAAGCAGGGUUUAAAGUUAAACAACUCAACACUGGUUCUGAAUAUGUACCAGCUUCACUUAAGAAAGCUUUUCUUUCACGUGGUAUAAGUGUAUGUGUUGAUUAUGGUCCUACUGAGACUACCGUGGGUGUGAUUUCAUCUUUUAUGGAUUCAAAUGAUUAUCAAAGGUUGAAGUCUUCAAGUUUAGAUGAUAUUGGAAUCCCAACCGGUUCGAAUGAAAUUUAUAUCUUAGAUGAAGAUUUAAAAGUUGUUCCUUUUGGUGAGGUGGGUGAGAUUUGUGUUGGUGGAAAUCAAGUUUCGCCUGGAUAUCUUGAUUCGAAUUUGAAUUCGAGGGUGUUUAUUGAACUCGAUCUAACUUCAUCUUUAAACCAAACCCAAGAAACGAAUCCAAGACUUCAAAGGAUUUACAGAACUGGCGAUCUUGGAAGGUAUCUAACAGAUGGUACAGAAGGUUAUGGCUCUAUUCAAUUCUUGGGUCGUAAAGAUUCUCAAGUCAAAGUUUCAGGUGUGAGGAUCGAAUUAAGUGAAGUAGAAUCCAAACUUAAUCAACUUCAUCUUACUCAACCUCAUCAACUUCGAUCUAUGGUGGUGAUUCAACCUAAACCGAACUUAGGUUUAGUUGGAUUUCUUAAAUUCAAUUCUUCUAGUCCGAUCAACACUUUUCCAAGUGAAAUUUAUCAAAUCUCAGGAAAAAAUGAUCGGAUUGAAAUCUUAACGCCAAUUAAUUCGACGCAGUUUGAAAAUUUAAUAAACGAAAUUAAGCAAGAAUUAAUGAAAGAACUUUCAAGUUCAAUGAUUCCUCGUCAAUUUUACAUCAUCAAUCGAAUCCCAUUACAAAUCUCAGGUAAAACUGAUCGAGGGAUUCUAAAACAAUUAUAUGUAGAUUUUCAAACCCAACAAAACCAAUUGAUUCCAAAUCAGCAUCUGAAUCAACAUCUGGAUUGUAAUUCGAAUUCGAAUCCUAACUCAGUUGAAGAAUUGGUAUCAGAAGCUUGGAAAUCAUCACUUGGUUUACCAAAAGAAUAUCAAUUUAAAUCAACUGAUGAUUUUAUCAGAUUAGGUGGAGAUUCAAUAAGUUUAAUGAAAUUGAUUGGAAAGAUUCGUAAAGAAGGAUAUCUGAUCAAUUAUUCAUCAUUUUCCAAUCCGAACUCAUUAAACUUUCAGUCAUUCAUUGAUGUUUUGAAACUUGAAAGCCAAGUGGAGAAUCAAGUAGGAGAAGUUUAUAAAGAGUUUGAUCUUUUGGAUUCAAGACGUAAAGAGGAUUGGAUGGGAUUUUUGAAUGAAUCUUAUUCGAUUUCAUCCAAUGAAAUCGAAGAUCUUUUACCUACUUCGCCUGCACAGAAUUCGAUUUUGAGUUCAAGUAUAGGAACUGAUUUAUAUUUCGCACAAGCUAUUUAUGAUCUAAGUGAUUAUGAUUUACAAUCACUUCGAAUCGCAUUGAUUGAAAUGAUUAAGUUUCACACCAUGUUUCGUACUAGAUUUUAUUUACAUCCUCAGUUUUCGAUUAUUCAAUGUAUUAUGAAACCAAGUUUUCAAGAUUAUGUGAUGCAGGAAAUCGAAGUGAUUGAAGAUGAAGACGAAGAAGAAUCGAAUCGAUCUAUAGAAACUCUAUUAAAAUCUCAACUUGAUUCUCAUUCCAAUUAUCAAUGGGGAGAUGAGAAUGUAGAAAUCAAAUUAUUUCAUUCCAAGAAAAACAAUUCGAUCAAAUUGAGUUUCUCAAUGCAUCAUUCUAUUAGUGAUGGUUGGACACUUGAUUUACUCUUUGAUGAGCUGUACCAACGUUGUCAUCUGAAAGCAACAGAUCAGGUACCAUUGAUGGUAACACCUUAUGGAGAAUUUGUAAAAGCUUCGAUCAAUCAACGCACCACUUUAGAAGCUAAGAAGUAUUGGGAAAUGUAUUUGGAUCAAUUGAACCCGAUCACAUGGCCAACCAAACCUACCGAAGCUUUAAGGACAAGUCAACAUAUCUCAACGACUUGGUAUGAUCCAAACCAAAGCUUACUACAACUUUCUAAAUCAUAUUCAUUUACUCCAGCCAUCGCUACAAGAAUAGCGACAGCCAUUGGAAUCUUUCAAUGGACGGGAGAUCAUCAAGCACCUCAAGAUCUGAUCAUGGGAAUCGUUAGGAGUGGUAGAGAGAUCGGCUUGAAUGGUAGAUCGAUAGCAGAAGAAGUGAGAGGAUGUUGUGUGAAAGUUUUACCGAGUAGAAUCCAAUGUUAUGAAGAUAAACCGAUUGAAGAAAUGAUUCAAGAAGAACUUGAACAUGAAUCGAAAUUGAAAUCGAUGGAUCAAACUGAUGUGAAAGAAAGUUUGAUGGUUGAAGGAUUGUGUAAAGUUUUGUUUACUUAUCAGGUUGGGAUUUUGUAUAAACCUAUGAAAGUGAGGAUGGGAAGUAUCUUUGGAAUCAGUAUUGAGAUUAGUCCGAAUGAAGUCAUGGAUUCGUUUGAGAUUGAGAUUUAUUAUGAUGAAAAGUUUUUAAUGAAUCCCAAGAAAUUAUUGGAUGAGAUUUUAAACAGUUUGGAUCGAUUGAAGAAAGUCAAAGUUGAAGAGAUCGGAUUAGGUUUAAGCGAUUCCGAUCCAACAGAAAAGAUCGAGAUGGAAAACGUUUUGAAGAAAGCUUGGGUUGAAGUUCUUGGGGUCCAAGUGACUAACAUCAAUGGACAAAGUAGGUUUAGAAACCUAGGAGGCGAUUCAAUUGGUAUGAUGAGAUUAAGUCAGAUUCUUAAAGGGUUUGGGUAUGGGUUUGGGUCAUGUGAAUGGAUCAAGAUUAUCAAGAAUGAUCAGUUUGAUGAAAUGUUAAAAGCUUUGAAAAAGAUUUGA